AUGGUGCUAAAGUGUUGUGUAUGUCGAAGUAAUGCUAAAAGUGACCGUAAUUUGUCAUUUCAUUCGUUUCCUAAAGACAAAAAAAAGAAGGCCAAAUGGAUGGAAUUUUUAUGUCUAAAAGAAGUAAUGACAUGGCAUAGGGUAUGUUCAUUACAUUUUAACAAAAAUGACUACAAGGUCUGUGAAGAAAAUUCACCAUACAACUGUUUGUUGUCCGAGGCAACACCACAAAAUUAUAAUAUUGUUUCAGUUGGAUUAGCAGAGCUACAAGAUUCUAGUGUUGAAACUUCUUUAUUAUCUGUCUCUUACAGUGAAUCUACUGAAUCAUCAGCUGAGAAACCAAAGUGUAAAAGGUAA